AUGUACGAGACGAAGCAAGCUUCUUCGUGUACCAAAGGAGGCAUAGGGUGCCGAUACUACCGCCAGGUAGAGGACAAGCGUCUGCAGAUGUCUAGCAAGCUGGAAGCGGUCAGAUAUGCCGUGACCGAGUACCUAUACCUGCUGGGAAAAUCGACCUCUAAGGAUGAGGAGUCUACUCAUGGCAAACCUGAGUUCUCAUCAGACAGUCUCGACACUUACGAGCUGCCGUGGGACGAGCUAACUACAGCUGUCCUAUAUCCUAGGGAUGAGUCCGAGUUGGAAUGGGACUUUGAGGACGGGUUCUCAGAAGAGGAGGAUUUGGAGGAGUUUGACACAGAUGAUUCCGACUCACAGGAAACCAACUUGGAAGAAAGCAUUUCUUGGGGGCCUGAGAGCGAAGCUGGAGAAUAUGACCGCAAUUCUGACAGGAUACAGUAG